AAAUUGGCUCUGUCAGUUAUUUAGCUUGUGUUUACUCUAAUUACUAGAUAUCAGAAGUCUUCUCAUUCAUAAAGGUGAUAAGAGGUGGACUGAAAUUUUACCUCUCUGGCAGUACUUUGAGUUAUAGCCUAACUAACACGUUCUGUUUGAGUCCAACACCUGCUAAGCUACUUCCCCCCUGGGAGUAAAGGAAAUGAUUUACUAGAAUUCAUACCACAAGUUCUGUAAAAUUUGAAAGGAGACACUUGAAGUUAGCCAAGCAAAAAACCUAUUAAAACUGGGAUUUGCAGGCCUCACCGAUUCUCUUUUUCUAAGUUCCUCAAUCUGCGUCAAUUUGAAACAGACAGGUUGUAACUCAGAAAAUGGCUGCAUCGCGAAAUAUACGAAACACCUAUUGUUCCGGUGCUCCUUACAUCUUCGAGUCCUCACUGUUAGAAUUUUCUAGCUCUCCCAAUCUCCAUGGUAACCGUAGAUUCGAUUUCCAGAUUUAGCUUUCUCGGUGGAGACUCUAUUAUCUCAAGAAGUUUAAGUUAUGGCGUUUUCUUCUCGAUCAAAAACAACUUUUGGGCUUCCACCAAGAAAGGAGUCUCCAUCAGAACUCACUUUUGACUUGAACAGCUUCGUUCGUCAAGCUCCUCACGAUGAAAAAGACAAACCACUGAACACGGCUCAACAAAGAUUAUGGCUUGACAUCACUCAACUGGAUACAACACAGUUGGAGAAAAUUGACGAUAAAUACAACAGCAACAUGUGGAAGAAUUUCAAAUUUGUUCGCCCAAAAGACAGUGCUGAUCGUGAAAGAGGACGAAAUUCACUGCAGUACCCAGAUGGUAUAUAUAUGAUUGCAGAUAUUUAUCCCUUGUCUGUCCCUAAACCAUCGCGAAUCGGUGACCAUACUUACCAGAAAUUCUUGCAAGAGGUGAAAUUACCGCCCACGACACAGAAAAUAGUAGGAUGGCAGAAAAAGGGAAAGCAAGAAAUACAGUCAAGGACGUUACAAGUACAAAGCGAAUGUCGUGCACCGCCAUUAGACUGGGAGGGAAAUAUUUUACCCCCAGCAAAAUACAAAAGAUAUCCACGAAUGGAAACUUUACUGUCGCCGGAUCAAUUCGUUGCGUUUUAUCCGUCCUACAGUUCACCAUUUCCGAGGAAAAUACCCUCGAUGCCAUCGAGUUCGCUUUACUCUCUGUCUAGACAAGGAACUCCAUGGCAUUAUGGAUUACGGGUUAGAAGGCCUCAAUACGAUGGAGGCGUUGGAUAGUGGAUAGCUUACGAACGAAUAAACGGCUCAUGCAUAUGCGCCAAGAUUCCAUACAGGUGUUGAUUGACAGCAGAAGGCAGAACAAAGUUAAAGAGGAUUUGAUUACGGCGAUGGUAGUUACAGUGAAGACAAGGAAUAACGUCAAACAUCGAUUGACAGAUACCUCUCCCUCUCUGGAAAACACUUCCUUUAUUAGCAGACAAUAAGGGGGUUUGCCAUAGAUCCACAACUGGCAGGCCAGAUUACUCCAUUCAGAGAGACAAUUCCAUCACUAAUCAGAGCAGAUCAGUCAAUUUCUAACUAACAUCCACAAUUAAAAAUGAUUUAUUAUUUAUUAUAUUAUUGAAAACAAUUUAGUGGCCAGUGUUAAUUUUAAAAUCAUUCAAUUUGGAUCAAUGGUGUGUACACUUGAGCGAUGUCCCUCAUAGAGUAUGAUGAACCACAUCUUGUAACUCUUUCUCCAAUCAGGAUAGCCUAAGUGUAGCCAUACCCUCCUCCCUUAGGAGAAAUGAAAGAGAGGGUUCCUUCCCUUCUGCUUCUCCUUGGGGGAAGGGGAGGAGGAAAUGGUAAAGCUACAGGUAAGCUUCAAUAAGGAUGGCUGUAUAAAGGAUUUUGACAACCCAAAGUUCAAGCUGUUAACAGCCCACAGAUGAACAAGAUAAACUAACAGCAUUGGUAAACUGUGAAGAAAAUGCUUCUGUGAGCAGUAGCAAGACGAUUAUCUUGUGAGGAUCACUAAAGCCAUAGUCCUUAAUAGUUUGGGUAAUGUUGUUCUCCUUGCCUGAAAGGAACUGAGGAACAGUUGCCACAGUUUAGUUCUUUACACUAACAUUUUUGUGCAUCUCAGAAUGAUCCUGAUUUUUUCAUUGGGAGAAGGGAAUAAAAAUCUUCACAGAUUAGUUUCAUGCAAAAUAGUCAUCACAUUAUCACAGAGUACAACUCUAGUUUAUUUAAGGAUUCUGAGUGGUGACUAAAAAAUGUCUGCACAGAAUAUAGGAGAGAAAAUGGUUGUCCUCAAUUCUGCAAUCCAUCUCAAUAUUACAAAGAAUUAAGUUAUUUACAUUGUUGGCCUCCAAGCUUAGUAUUUGUCAAAAUCACUUUUAGGUUCAUCAUAGCUGAACAUACAAACACAUAACAUCAGUGAAAAAAAAGAUUGGCAAAAUCUGUAUUUAUAGCUUACUUUUUUUCAAUUCAGUAUUUAUCAUCUGGGAAUAAAUCUAACAUUUUACUACAA